AUGAACACUUUCCACUACUUAAAAGCUCUUUCAAAAUGUAACAACUGUUAUAAAAAAAAUUACUAUUUUAAUCAAUUAAGAAAUGAAAGUGUUACAAAGAGAAAUAAAAUUUUAAAGAUAAAAAAAAUAUCAAGACUCUUAAAAAAAAAUAAUAGAAUAAAAAUUGAUGAAGAAAAAGAAAAAAUUAAUUUACAAUUAAGCAAAGAAAAUAUCACAAGUAAGAAUCUAUUAAAAUAUAUUGAAAAUGAUAAAAAGUUGUUAUUAUAUACAAUGUGUAAAAUUCACGAAAAAAAUGAAAUAAAUAGGAAAUCUGCAUUAAAUGAGUUAUCCUUUAACAUAGCUGAAAAAAUUUUUCAUAAAGAAAACACCUUAAAUAUAAAAGAAAAAUUAAUUUAUUUAAGUUGUAUUAAUAUUAAGAAAUAUGCUGAAAAAAUUAACUUGAUAAAAGAUAAAAACAUCAAACAUAUGAAUGAAAAAAAUAUUUUCAAUUAUUUUUGUACCAUUUUAAAAAACAGAAAAAAUUAUUUAGUUGAUAAAGAAAUAAUUGAUGAUAUAUUAUUUUUUUUUAAAAAUAAAAUAAAUAAAACAAGUAUAAAUAAUAUUUCAAUCUACCUUUUUAAUUUAUCUUAUUUAAAUAGUAAAACUAUAAUUAAAACAAAUAUUUUAUCCUAUUUUGUUUUAUAUAUGUUAAGAUAUAUAAAAAAUAAAUUUAAAAAACGUAUGUCAUUAACUAACGCACUAAAUUUUGUCGAAUUACUAACUUCAAUAAUACACAUAUCAAAAUUAAAAAUAGAAAAAAAUUUAGAAAUAGAAUAUGAUAUAGAAUUUAUCAAUAAAAUAAAAAUGCUAAAUAAGAAUGAAUAUGAUAUUGAGGUUUCUAAUUUUUCAAACAUGUGUAAAAGUUUACUUAGCGAUAAGUGCGCCAAUGUAUUAAAAAAAGAUUUAUUAUAUAACGAUAAAGAAUUUUACCAUUAUUAUAAUAUAAAUGGAUUUAUUUUUAAAAAGGAAAAGAAUGAAUAUGUAGAUAUGUAUAAAGACGAUGAAGGGAAGAAAAAUAACAUAAGUUUAUUACAUGAUAUAAAUUCUGAAAUAGUUUAUUUAAUAUAUUUUGUCAAUAAUUCGUUAGUUUCUUUAUUUAAAAAGUGUCUAAAUAACUUUAAAAAAAGUAUUCUUCAUAAAGUUUCCAAUGAUAAUUUACAAAGCAAAUUUUAUAUCAUAGGUAAUUAUAUGUUUCAAUGCUUACAUUUUAAUAUUUUUUGCAAAACUUUAUUUCAAUAUUUUCAAGAAAUAAUUAUCUAUAUGAGUAAAAGUAAAAAAAUGCUUUUUUUUAAUUUAUCUCCAUCAGAUAUAGUUCAUUUGAUACAUUUAUUAUCUGUACAGUACCAUUUAAUUAGAAUUGAUGAAAUUGUAGAAAGUUGUAUUUUAGAAAAAUGUUUAAAUGCAUUAUUUAUUGAUGAUUGCAAAAUUUUAAGUAAAAAGGAUAAAGUUCUAUUAUAUAUAAGUGUUUCUAAACUUCUUUUUUUUUCUAAAAAAAAUUAUAUUGAAAAAUUAAAUAAUAUUUUAACGAAUGAAUUCAUAAAUUGCACAUAUAGAGAUUUAUAUAGUAUAGUAUAUUCAUUAAAUUGUUCUAAAUAUUACGAUUUAUCAUUUAUUGAAUCAUUAUUAAGAAAUAUUUAUAAAUUAAAGCAUAAAUAUUCUUCGAAUCAACUUUUAACAAUUAUAUCAAUAUUUUAUUCAUUUAAUUUGAAUUUAUCAAUAUACAAUUUACUAAUAUCAUAUUCGAACAAAAAUGAUAUUGGAAGCUUUAAGAAGGACGAGAAAAUUACAAUAGACAAGCUUAAAGAUAAUAAAGAAGCAAAAAAAUUAGAAGAGGAUUUAGAAAAUAAAGAAAGAAUCUUAAAAGAGUUAUCUUCACAUAUUAAAGAAAACUCUAAUGAUAGUUUUGUUUUUAAUGAAUCAGAUUUAUUAGAAUUUGAUUCUCAAAAUAACUCUAAAAGUAAUAUAUCUGAAGAAAGUAUUUUAAUGGAUGAUGAGGAAAUAAAAAAGUAUAUAAAAAAAAAGAGAAAAAAUCAAAAUAGAAAAUGGUAA